AUGUCUAUUCCCUCUACUCAGCAGCAGUGGGUCGUCAAGGGCCAGGACAAGGGCUUCGAUGGCCUCGUCCGUGAGGAAGGUCCCGUCCCCCAUGUCGGCGAGAACGACGUUCUUGUCCGCCUCUACGGUGCUUCUUUGAACUACCGUGAUCUCAUCAUUCCCAAGGGCAUGUACCCCUUCCCUCUCGACCUCCCCGUCGUUGCCGGCUCCGAUGGUGCCGGUGAGGUCCUCGCCGUCGGCUCCAAGGUCACCAAGUGGAAGAAGGGCGACAAGGUCGUCACCCUCUUCAACCAAGCCCACCAGGCCGGUCCCAUCGACACCCGCGGCGCCACCUCCGGCCUCGGCGGUUACGGCGUCUUCAACGAGGACGGCGUCGUCCGCGCCCCCUCCAACCUUUCCCACGUCGAGGCCGCCACCCUCACCUGCGCCGGUCUGACCUCGUGGAACGCCCUCUACGGCCUCAAGGCCCUCAAGCCCGGCGAGACCGUUCUCGUCCAGGGCACCGGCGGCGUCUCCCUCUUCGCGCUGCAGUUCGCCAAGGCCGCCGGUGCCCGCGUCAUUGCCACCACCUCUUCCCCCGAGAAGAUGGAGACGCUCAAGAAACUCGGCGCCGACCACGUCAUCAACUACCGCGAGGACAAGAACUGGGGCGAGACCGCCCGCAAGCUGACCCCCAACGGCCAGGGCGUUGACCACGUCAUCGAGGUUGGUGGUGAGGAUACCAUGGAGCAGUCCCUCAAGGCCGUCAAGUACGAGGGCAUCAUCUCGCUUAUUGGAUUCCUCGGAGGCGCCAAGCCUAAGGAUAACAUCCUUGAGCCCCUCAGCAAGAUCUGCACUAUUCGUGGUAUUUAUGUUGGAAGCAGACAGCAGCUGGAGGAGAUGUGCGCGGCGAUUGAGGCGAAUGAUAUCCAUCCUGUUGUUGACCAGAAGGUGUUUACUCUCGAUCAGACUAAGGAGGCUUAUGAGUAUAUGUGGGCCAAGAAGCACUUUGGCAAGAUCGGUAUCAAGAUCGAGUAG